GAGUCAUCGAUAGGUUUACCUUUUAAAGACUUGUUUAUAAAUUAAAAAAAUCGGCCAGUUUUGCGACUAUUAUUUGAAUGUCAAUGGGAUUGAAAACCCCACUGCUUCGAAAAAUUACGUAACUCAUUCGCUUCUUCUCAUUUUUUUCCAUGCCAUCAGAAAUUUACUUAUAUAAGUUUCAUCACAACCCAAGAGAGUCUUUAGUAACGAUUUUCUCUUCACUUGAAGAUAAUUUCUCAAUUUAAUCAAUUAAAUCAUAAAUAAUAACAAGAAAUGGUUCAUCUAUUUCCCAUAUUAACCCUUCUUUUAACCCCAACUCCAAUAAUAUCCAUACAAAGACACUUCAACAUUCAAACAACAAACCAUAAAUUAAUUCUCACCCAUGGAACUCAUCCAAAUUUGGAAACCCACGACAGAAAAAUCGAAGAUACCCUCCUAUUAAAAGAAUGGAUUUUCUUCAAGACGUCAUUUAACAAAACCUAUCCAACUCUUGAAGAUGAAAAUUUUCGAAAAGAAGUCUUCUUUGAGAAUCGAAAAAAAAUCACCAAAUUCAAUCAAGAUUACUCAUUCGGACAUUCGAAAUUCGUACUACAAAUAAAUCCAACAGCCGAUUUGUUAACUCACGAAUACAACGACGUUUAUAACGGUUAUGGAAGACCGGCGAAAAGAAACGGAGGACACAAAGAUAACCCAACCACUUAUAUUCCAAGUUUAAACGUGCUUUUACCGGAAAAUUUCGAUUGGAAAGAUUUGGGGGGUGUUACAUCGGUUAAAAAUCAAGGAAAAUGUGGUGGAUGUUUUGCUUUUAGUGCGACAGGAGCCUUGGAAGGCCAUCACUUCCGAAAAGCUGGUUAUUUGGAGGAGUUGAGCCCCCAAAAUUUGAUAGAUUGCACCCGAGAAUAUUCAAAUUUGGGUUGUUCCGGUGGCUAUGUCGACGAAAGCUUUAAUUACAUCAAAGAUAAUCCUGGAAUUGACGUAUUAAGCGCUUAUCCCUACGAAGGAGAGGAAGGAUCGUGCAGAUUUGAUCCAAAUUUCAUCGGGGCAAACGUAACAGGCUAUGUUGAGAUUCCACCAGGCGAUGAAAGAGCGUUAGCGACAGCUGUUGCAACGCAAGGACCCGUUUCAGUAGCAAUCGAUGCCAGUCAAUCAACGUUUCAAUUUUAUUCAAACGGAAUUUAUUACGACGAAGAGUGUAAAAAUGAUGCUGAUAGUUUAAAUCACGCCGUUUUAGUGGUUGGUUACGGUUCGGAGCCGGAUGGAACAAAAUAUUGGCUGGUUAAAAAUUCUUAUGGCACCGAAUGGGGCCUAGGUGGUUACAUUAAAAUGGCUCGAGAUAACGAUAAUCAUUGUGGAAUAGCUACAGCUGCGUAUUAUCCAUUAGUUUAAAAUUAAAAACAAAAAAUUGUGUUUUUAAGAUUAAAAUAAAGUAAACAAGGAACUAAA